AUGGAGGAAACAAAAGCGCCACACGUCGCCAUCCUUCCGAGUCCUGGAAUGGGUCACCUCAUCCCACUCGUCCAGUUCGCUAACCAACUCGUUCACCGCCACGGCUUCUCGGUAACCUUUCUCGUCAUGGGCGAAGGUCCACCUUCAAAGUCUCAGAGAACUGUCCUCGACUCUCUCCCUUCUUCCAUCUCCUCCGUCUUUCUCCCUCCCGUUGACCUUACCGAUCUCCCUCCGACCACUCGAAUAGAAACUCGUAUCUCCCUCACCGUGAGUCGUUCCAACCCGGAGCUCCGGUGUGUCUUUGAGUCUUUCGUGGCGGAAGGACGUUUGCCGACGGUGCUCUUGGUAGACCUGUUCGGCACUGAUGCUUUCGACGUAGCCGUGGAGUUCCACGUGUCUCCGUAUAUUUUAUUCCCAUCAACGGCCAACGUCUUGUCGUUCUUUCUCCAUCUUCCUAAACUUGAUGAAACGAUGUCGUGUGAGUUUAGUGAGUUAACCGAACCGGUUCAGCUCCCCGGGUGUGUACCGUUCGCUGGAAAAGAUGUUCCUGACCCGGCUAGAGAUCGGAAACAUGACGUGUACAAAUGUCUUCUCCACAACGCCAAUAGGUACAAAGAAGCCGAAGGGAUUCUUGUUAAUACCUUUCUCGAGCUAGAGACAAAUGCUUUAAAGGCCUUGCAAGAACCGGGUCUUGACAAACCACCGGUUUAUCCAAUCGGCCCGUUGGUUAACAUUGGUAAGCAAGAGGGUAGUAAUGGGGUCGAAGAGUAUUCUGAGUGUUUGAAGUGGUUGGGUAAACAACCGCGCGGUUCGGUUUUGUAUGUUUCAUUUGGGAGUGGUGGUGCACUCACGCUUGAGCAGCUCAAGGAGUUAGCUCUUGGUCUUGAAGACAGUGAGCAACGGUUUCUUUGGGUCAUACGGAGCCCAAGUCAAGUUGUUGAUGCUUCAUUUUUUAGUUUGCAUCGUGAAGCCGACCCAUUGACAUUUUUGCCGCAUGGUUUCUUGGAACAGACUAAAGAUAGAGGUUUUAUGGUCCCUUCAUGGGCUCCACAAGCCCAGAUUUUAGCUCAUCCAUCAAGCCGAGGGUUUUUGACUCAUUGUGGAUGGAACUCAACUCUUGAAAGUAUAGUAAGUGGUGUUCCACUUAUUGCAUGGCCAUUAUACGCUGAGCAGAAGAUGAAUGCUGUUUUGUUGGCUGGAGAUAUCCAUGUUGCACUUAGGGCUCGUGUGGGGGAGGAUGGGAUGGUGAGAAGAGAAGAGGUUGCUAGAGUGGUUAAGGAAUUAAUGGAAGGUGAAGAAGGUAAAAGUGUGAGGAAUAAAAUGAAGGAGAUGAAGGAAGGAGCUAGUAGGGUGCUGAGUGAUGAUGGGUCUUCUACAAAGGCACUUAGUCUUGUGACAUUGAAGUGGAAAGACCACCAAAAAGGGUUAAAGCAAAAUGGCAAACACUGA